UUAGAUUGAAGGUAAUCGUACUCGCUGGGAAGUGAAAGAUAGUGCAAGUUUAAAGCGCUUGAAACAGGUUUAUACGGAAAGAGAUAGUUCCAUGGCUUAGACGAUGAGCGGAAAUGUCCUAUGAACCACCAGUUCUUUCAAGGAAGCAUGCCUCUACUGAUGCAAAACCCCCCGAAAGUAACAGUCGUUUACAAUCACGUCCUGGCUAUGGAGAGAAGCCAGUGAAUGGCGUGUCGAGACCACUGGGCCGAUCCGAAGAGAAUGUUCAGCGAGAGGAUUUUAAACUUUUGAUUGAUCCCGCCAUAAAGAAAGGACAUGCUAAAAUCUAUAGAUACAGUGGAGUCUUUCCAGGGCAACCACCGGUUGUCCCAAAGGACCCUCGCUCUCGGAGGAAGAGAAUAUGGACUCACAACAAAGCCGAUUUACCUGUCCCAAAUUUCAAGGUGGACAAAUGGUAUGUAGGAAUUCCUCCGCAACGUGAAGUUCUGUUUUCGGGAUUGAACGACAACGUCGACAAGAAAUUUCUGCAGGAAAUUUGCGAACGUUAUGGACGAAUCGAGGCCAUCAAAAUAUACUAUGAUCCGCAAACAAAAAAACACACCGGAAAGGGUCGUGUGACUUUUGAAACCACAACCGCUGCUAAAAUGGCAGUCUCAAAGCUGGACCAUACUUCUGUCAUGGGCAACAUCAUCAAGGCUCAUGUAGAGAUCGGCUUAAAAGGACAUGAAGUUCAUGGUAAACACCCUCCUGUGAGACGGAACUCAGGUCACGAUAGUUACUCCUCAGCACACCUCCCUACUCCAUCUCCUUCCAUAAUAUCACUGUCAUCUACAGAUAGUUCAGUGCUUUCUCCUUCACUCAUUAUGGGAAAAAGCCCUGCAUCAUCAGUACGACUGCCAGGAGAUUGGGGAAAGUCACUAUCUUCAUCUCGGGAUGGAACCAUACCAACUGUCAAAAAAUUAACUCAAAGUGGAUCAGCUUUCUUGUCUCCUCAAAGUGUAUCAUGUGCACAGUCUGCAUUUGAACCUGUCUCACCGCCCCAUGUUUUCCACAAGAACAAUGAUCCCCCACCUCCACCACCCCCAUCAUCAAAUCCACCUCCUCCUCCAAUAGAGAGAGUAUCCUCAAAGGAGCCCCCACCACCACCCCCUAAAGAGAAAUUGGGUCAGUCCUCUUCUAGCUUAAAUUAUGAAGACAUCUCUCCAGAUCCUGUUUUUUCUCCUGGUAGAGAUGAAGAAGGGUCAGUGCCAAUUCGCAAAAGCAAGGAUGACAGUGUAAAAUCAAUAAGUAGACUUAUCGAAUCAUGCAGAAAGGAGUCGACACGUAUUUCUUCACCUCCUGGCAAAAGUCGAUCACCCAGAAUUGACAGGAGUGAAAGUUACUCAAAGUGGGAAAAAAGGAAACAGAUGGAACGUGAGGAGAGACACAGGGAAAAACACAGAGACCUCCUUGGGGAAUCGCAUGAUAGGGACCAUGGGUACAAAGAGGAUCGUUGGUUUGACAAGUAUGGAGAUUAUCGGCAUAAGAGAGAUGACUAUUUUGACAAAAAGGUUGAUAGAAGAGACAAUUACAGAUGGGAUGAUUAUGACAGGAGCAGAAGUGGAAGCCGCUGGGAGAAAGAUGACCUCAAGUACAGGAAAGAUAGGUACAGCACAAGUCCAAGGAGAGGUGAUGAUCGUAGAUGGGCAGAGGCAAGACCACGGGACCCAAGAUUGCGGGAAAGAGAUAAUGAGAUUGGUGAGGUGCAUAGUAAAAAUUUGAGACAAAAUGAAAGAGAAAAAGAUGGACUUAAUGGCGAAGAUGACCACAGUCGUGAUUUGAGGUCAAGAGGAAGAAAUCAGGAAACUUCUGAAACUCACUUAAGAGACAAAAGAGCAAAAGAAUGGCACAAUGAAGUGGGAAGCUCAGAUGUGAGAACCACCGAAAGUAAGGAACAUAGAGGGAUGGAAAGUGAUUGUAAAGGUUCAGGUAAAGACAGGGAGAAUACUUCAACUGAUCUCAAAAUCAGGGAUCCCAGAUUGAAAGACAAAGAUAAUGAUUAUGAAAGUACUUGUCAGUAUGAGUCUUCUCUAAACCUCACCAACCAGGAAGGUGUUGGUCCUCAAACAAAGAAUAGUGCUAAUGAAAAAGACCAGAAUUUGAAAUCAGUUUCAAGAAUUAGUGAAAGUGAUGGGGCAAGUGCUGCAGAGAUUAUUUCCUCUGUAGUAGAUGGUACUUUACAGAACGAAACAAAAGUAGUACACAGCUACGCUGAGGAUGCAUACACAGUUGGUGUGGAAGCUUGCUCCGAUGAAGAACCCUUACCUCCCGGUGAUGAGCGUGAUGUAGCUCAUGAGGUUCAGCUAGACAUAAAUAGAAGUAAAAUCAAAGCUGCGCAAAAUGCUGUGAAGAAGCGGAAACUUUCAGAAACUGUCCCCGAUGAAAAUCAGAGCAAUGGAACAAAAGCGAAAAAGAUACAAAUAGUCUUGAAAAGUGUUCAGCUUACUGCUGCAGACUCUAAAAUGGAUACUCCCAAGAACCUGAAUCAUGCACUAGUCGAUAAAGAAUAUGGAGAUGAAGAGGUCAGUGGUUGGAGAUCAGUGUCUUUCUCAAGUGAUAAGUCAACACCUGAAGUUGCUGCUGAUGUUGCAGUGUCGUCAGAGUCAGGAGCCACCCCAUCACAGGAGAAGAACUUACCUCUUACGGAGGACAUAUCACCCUUUAACUCACCAGCUUUUGAAAGAACAGGUCAUGUGGAAUGCACUGAUUCUCCAGUCCAUGUGUCCACAGAACCAGCUGCAAAUGACAUUUACUCGGACAUUGAAGGAAACGACGAGGAUGACAAUGAAGGUGAAGAUGUGAACAACGACCGAGAUGAUGAUGCCAUGUCAUUAUCGUCCAUUAGCUCAAAUGAAGACACUUUAGAGGUGACUGAACCUGAGAGCAAACCUCUACCCAAAUCAAAGGGUAUUUCUGUUCCACCUCCAAAUGUUGUUUUCCCACCCUACCCCCCUCCAAUGUUCAAUCCCACCAUACCACCCCCUCCAUUCUUUAACCCCAGAGUGCCCCCUCCACCCAUUGGUCCUGUCACUGUUCCUCCCCCUCCCCUUCCUGCUGUUCCUCCUCCCAACAUGCGUCCCCCUUUACCUCCUGCAAGACCCAUUCUACCUCCAGUUGUGCUGCCACCUUCUGGUCCACCUAUUCCAGUGCCACCUCCAGCCAUACCCCGUCCUGCUUUCUACGACACUCGGAGAGCACCUCAGUUUGCAAAUCCUAGCUUUCCUAACAGUGGAAAUUAUGGUUAUCCCAAAGUGGAGCAGAAAAAGACUCGGAGAGCUUUGAUCAUUGAUGAAGUGUAUAGAAAAAUUUGUGUUGACCUGGAUGCUGUUCUCAAGAGAGAUAUCUUCAAGAAACUUGUGGAGGCAUCUGCAUUCAAAGCUUUGGAAUCGUGGUGGGAUAAUCAGACCAAACCAAAGACUGCGUCACCCACAACUGCAACUACCGCAAGAAAUCUACCAAUGUGCCAAACUCCAACAGCCACUGUUGGUCUUCCAUCAAACUCUGGCGCUGCAGCUUCUACGAUUGGACCUAGUCCUUUUGAGAGAUCUCCCAGCAUGCUCCUUGGAUUGCGUGCCUCACUUCCCAAACUUCCUUCAUUUAAAGUGAAACGAGUACCUGAGCCUCAAAAGACAGAACAAUUAAAUAGUUCCUCAAGGAAACGCAGUAACACCGAAUCUUCAGACGUCCCCCAGCGAGAAACAAAGAGGCGCAUUUUAGAUGAGGUAGACUCAGAAAUGGAGACAGACUUGGAGAGUAGCUCUGGUUUGGACAGGCGACCACGCACUAUCAGUAGGCUUGAAGAAGAAGAGCGGAGCCAUUCACCACUUCAGCUUGACGACAGUAUGGAUGUCGCUCCAAAGGCCAUGAUAGUGAGGAGCACCGAAGCUGAUGAGCGACGGCCAAGCACAGGUUCUUCAUUGUACCACACAGUGUACUCCAGUAGUAGCAGUAGCAGCGAAUCAGGCAGUGAUGAGAGCGAGUCUGAUGGUGAAGAUGAAGAGGAGGAAGAAGAAGAAGAAGUGGAAAGUGGAGAAGGCAGUGGGGACGAGAGCGAAAGCGAAAGUGACGAGGAAAGUGAAUCCGAGAGUGAGGAUGAAGCCAGGCAAGAUGUUGUCAAGGACGAACAACAGCUGGAAGUUAAAGUGGAUGUGGAGCAGGAAAUUGAUAAAGGUUUGAACAUGGUAGCAGUUCUCGUGGAGAAACAUCAAGAUGAAGUCUUCCUUGAAGAAGAUCAGAAAUCCUCAAGUCAAAUGUUGUCUAAUUCAGUGAACUCUGAGGAAACUGAGCAACCACAGGAUUUAAGUUACAAGAGUGGAGAAAUGUUUAAAGAAACUGAGUUAGAAACUGUGUCAAAAGGAAUUAAUCACAAAGUUGGACAAUCUGCGCCUACAGAGACCUAUCGCUCUUUCCAUAUUGCUCACAUCGUACCUGAUUUGUUUAAAGACGAAGAUUCUUUGAGCAAAAGGAGAACUUCACCUGUAGAAGAAAAGGACGAGUCAAGCACAAUCAGUGGAGACUUUGAAAUGAAAAUAGAGCAACCGCCGCUUAGUAGACUGGACAUUAGAGAUGCUGAACCUACUACAGACAGCGGUCAUUUCAUCUCGGGUGAAAAAGAUAAAAUUAUGAACCAAGGCGAUUUAUUCGAGAAAACAGAAGUUGAAGGUCCUGUAGGUGCCUCUGUGAUCGGUUUUCGAGAAAAGGAGACAGUCGAGCCUGAAAAUCUUGUGUUUUCCUCUGAAGAAGAAUCAUAUUCUGAAACAGAUCAAAACCACAGUUUUUCGGAGGAAAGAAUGCCUUUGUUGUCCCCUGAUAAACCUUUGGCUGUUUCGCUUGUUGAACUUGAUCACCCGUAUGGAUUAACCAUCCCAGAGGGACUACCAUUAGAGACUAUAAAAGUUUCUGAAUUGUUCAAGGACAAAAAUAUCAUGGACACAUCCCUUUCUGAAGACAGACAGCUCGCCGAGUCGCCUGUUGUUGACAUAGUAACUGUUGAUUCAGCAUUAUCCUUGUUGCCUGAACUUACUUCUCCUAAGCCCCAGUUUCCCGUACGGUCAUUUGAAGCCGACGAUGAGCUUGUGUACGAGUUUCAGAGAGUGGGCAUCGACGCAGAAGACUGCUAUUACCUAAAAGUUGGUUUUGAGCAGCUUCAACAGGUUGGAUCUGAUUCAGUCGUGGACGCACACUGGAGUAGUCACCCACCGACCGCUCAAACUGUAACGAAAGGACGCCGGAAACUGAAAACAGAACACGGUGUACGUGUACAUGUGACUGGAUGUGCCCGAACAGAGGGCUUUUACAAAAUUGACAUCAAAGAAAAGGCCAAAUAUCUACAGGCUCAGAGAAGGCAGCUGCAGUGUCAGGCCAACGUUACGGUUGAAGAACAGAAAACAGACGGCAACAAGGCCAAACAACAGUCACGUGAACACAGAGCCAUUCAAAGAAGAUUGCAGUCGGUGGUGUGCAACGAGGAAUUUGGUGACUUGCUCAAGUUUAAUCAGCUCAUGGUGCGGAAAAAGCAACUUCGAUUCGCCAAGUCGGGUAUCCACGACUGGGGUCUGUUCGCCAUGGAGAACAUCGCAGCGGAUGAGAUGGUAACAGAAUAUGUCGGAGAGAUCAUCAGACAGCCCAUUGCCGACAUCCGUGAGCGGAGAUACGAGGAGAUGGGAAUCGGAUCAAGUUACCUGUUUCGUGUUGACCACGACACUAUUAUUGAUGCUACCACGAAAGGAAACUUUGCGCGCUUUAUCAACCACUGUUGUGAUCCCAACUGCUACGCCAAGAUAGUCACAUUAGAGAAUGCCAAGAAAAUAGUCAUUUAUUCUAAGAGAGAUAUCGAAGUGAAUGAAGAAAUCACGUACGACUACAAAUUCCCCAUUGAAGAUGAGAAAAUCCCUUGUUUGUGUGGUGUCCCACAAUGUCGGGGCACUUUGAACUAACGCUACGUAUUGUAUAUGCCUCUAUCUAUAUUUAUGUGUAUGAAUUUUGUACAAAGAAAGAAAAGGUCUUGACGUUUAUUUGCAGAGUAAGGCUACUUCUUCGUAAGGCUUCGUGACUGAAAACAAUGUGAAUUCCCAUGAAAGUUUUACGUAAAAAGUAAAAAGAAAGAAAACCUCUAGCUACAGAUUCCAAGUCUUGGAUUCAUGCUGCGACAUAAGUUGUUCUAAGGUGGUAAACAAUGUUGUGUUGCUGUUGCACUUUUUUGUUCUUUAUUCCCGCGUAAUUCUAUUCCGACUGUGUUGUAUUGUGCACCGGGACAUUUUUUGUGCCCGAUUUUUCAUAGAAGAAUGAAUUAAAAUAAUUUCUGGACUGAA